AUGGAAUUAGAAGUGGACUUCCCUCACUGCUUUCAAUUGCAAAGGACUAUCAUGUUCUCUGCAUCCAAGAAACCUUGCUUAAAAACAAUAAUAUUAAAGGUCAUCAAUAUUAAAGGUUUCAACGCAUAUAGAAAAGAUAUAACCCAUCCAGGAGACCGAGGCAUAUGCACACUAGUAAGAGCGGAUAUCAAGUCUGAGCUUGUUGUCCUCCAGAAUACUGAGCAUCCAUCAGUAGAAUUCAAUGCGGUCAGAAUUGAGUGCCUGACUUCUGAACCGGUGAUUAUCGUCAAUGUCUAUCGACACCCCGGGCAAAGAACUCCCGCUUCCUUCUUCAGAUCUUUGCUCAAUAGCCUGCAAGGUUAUAAGAACCUUAUCAUUCUGGGAGAUUUCAAUGCUCAUCACCCGGCAUGGGGUUCCAGGACACACUCUAGUUCGGGAAGGACCCUUCAUCAGCUCAUUGAAGAAUAUGACUUGUUCAUGCUCAAUGGAAAAGCGCCAACCUUUGUGAGAGCCUCAUCAGCUACUACCUCAACUAUAGAUCUGGUUCUGGCGUCUCCCUCCCUGGCACCUCUGUGCAGCACUAAAACAAAAUCCGAUACUCUCGGCAGUGAUCACUUUCCCGUCAUCACGACAAUCGGCAUCCAAGCCUGCUUCAAAAAAAAAUUUUACUAUAAAAUACCGUUAUCUAAAGAAAUGUGCCAGGAUCUGUCUCGGAUUCUGCUCUCUGCUACCAAGGAUCUUCCCGCUCAAGGGGAUGAUUUAUUAGAACUUCUGCCUUGGUGGAAUGAGAUCUGCUCCGAAGUGGUUCGCGAUAGAAAGAAAGCUAUCAGAGAGUUCCUGUCCAUCCCCUCUGAGGAGAACCAUCAAGAUUUCCGCAGGGCCCGCUUAAACUGCGCCAGGGUGCUCCUGGAACAAAAGCGAAGAGGCUGGCACACCCUGGUGAAUGGUUUCAACGCAAGGACUCCUACCAGUCAGAUUUGGGCCUUGAUUAAAAGUUUCAAGAGGAGGGCGUCGCAACAAGACUCCCCGCAGCAAGAACACAUACGAAUUGCCAUGGAAGCUAUCUCCAAAUUGUGUCCUCCGUCGUCCUUUUGCAAUAGAUCCAAAACUCUGACAGACAUGAAAUUGGAGGACGAGAAAAACACAAAUACACAUGUUGGGUUGGACGACCCUCUGACCAUGAGCGAAUAUCGGAGAGCAAAAAUCUCGUCCAGAAAAAACUCCACGCCUGGAUUGGAUCAGGUUUGUUAUAAGAUGCUGGAUCAGUUGCCCAUGGAACACAAGAUCUAUUUGCUAUCUAUGUUCAACGAUAUCUUUUCCCGGGGAACAUUCCCAGAUUCAUGGAAAACCUCGCUGGUUAUAUUCAUACCUAAACCUGGUAAUAAGGCG